AUGAUACUUUCAACUACCAACGAAUUGCUUGCCUACAUUCCAACUUAUACCAUUCACAAACUCAUCUAUCCCGCUCAAAAUCUACAAAACCUGCUAUCUACGAUGGACAACACCCGGGCUGCCGCCUUGGGCCAGGCUAUGAACUUGCUUGGCCGCAAUCACAAGCUGCUCACAGAGUAUCUCCAGAGCCCAGUCAGCACACACAAGCUCCAAGACAUUUACCAGCGCAGGAAAAUCCGCCAGACUCUGCAACGCAUCCACCCGCAGAUCGGAUCGUGGUUCGAUAUUCCCGGACUAUCUGGCAGCUCUCGCGCCACCUACGAGGACCACAAACACUUUAGGAUCGACGAGUACAUUCUCGCCAAGCUACCAGACCAGAACCAUCUUGUCACCAGCAGCAGAUGCGACCACCAGUAUGGCGACUACGGAGUGCCGGCCAUGUUUCAGUGGCUGUUCUCGUGCUCCACACCGCACGGGCGCCUUGUAGCAGCUGAGGGCGGUCGCCUCGACGUGGCCGUCAACGAACUUCCGGCCGGCACGCCCGAGAACAAGGACGGGCUGGAUGAGAUCAUUGAGCAUGGCCAGACGGCCCUGUCGCUCUGCGAUCCCCAAGACAUUGAUUGCUCCCUGUGCGACUUGAUCAGCAGCGCCAACACAUAUGUCGCGAGCUAUCGUCUGGCCCAUGUGGCCGGUUUUAUCCCAAAGCACCGUCUCGACCUCGCGACCAAGGUAUCAGCUGGCAUGCUAGAACAAAAGCUGCGUGCAGAGCAUGCGGCCGCGGCGAACAGGGAGUCGCCCAUCUACCAGAGAAUCAACAACCUGCUGCACAAGCUCAUCGACAUCGCGGACCGCCUGGAUCCGGCAGACGAAUGUGAUAUCCGACCGGCCGACACAGACGCGACGAAGCUGCCAAUCAACACGAGCGUCAGCAAGCACCUUGACGUUGCGAGCUCGUUCAGGAUCGAGACCCGCGAGGCAGGCUGCGCAAAGACCACGAAACAAGACUUUGGCGUCUCAAUGUCUGCACCCCCGACACCGACUGGCGUAGCACCCUGGCUUGCUGGCACAGACGACGUUGUCCCAGCCGAGCCAUUAGAUGAGGGCAGCACUGAUGACCUCGACGAGGAGGCGGAGAAAUUGAUCGAUAGGCUCAGGAUCGCUGAUAAAAGCACUCCAUGAUUGAGCCACAUGAAUACGGAGUUGUUAGCAAAGGGAAACAUCAUCACCAACACACCACCACCACAACAACAACUUUUCAAUUUGCGCCUAUUGCCCCACGACCUUGAAUACGGACUGAGUAGGGUUGGGAAGCCGAGAAGAUAUUUUCAGGGUCAGGGGAUGGUUGACUGAGCAGGAC